GUUCAUGACUCCUCCUGCUAGUGAAAACCUUUUUUUUCCAUUGAAUGCCCUGUAGUUACUGAAACAUUAAUCAAAGUUGAAUAAAAGCCUGCAUAGAGUUAGGCACUAAGACAGAGUAGGGGUAUUAUUAUUUUAUUUUUGGCAAAGGUUUGGAAAACCAUGAGAAGUGGAGAAGCCCUUGCACUGCUUAUAUGGAUGAACUGUCUGUUGGCUUGUUGCUACAAAGUCUUAGCCACUACUGAGUCACCUACUACUACAACAGUCACUUCUCUUUGGAAGAAAACUGAUUUCAAUGACAUUGAGAGCAAAUUUUCCCUUCGGACUCCAGAAGAACCAGAUGAGGACACCUGUUAUCUAAUACCUGGCCAAGAGCAAACUGUUGAAAACUGCCAUUUCAACCAGACGAGCAAAACCUUUGUAGUGAUCCAUGGAUGGACUGUAACGGGUAUGUACGAAAGCUGGAUUCCCAAGUUAGUAGAUGCCUUAUAUAAAAGAGAACCACACUCAAAUGUGAUUGUUGUAGACUGGCUGCAACGAGCACAACAGCACUAUCCAGUGUCAGCUGGUUAUACGCAACUGGUGGGACAGGAUGUUGCAAGCUUCAUAGACUGGAUUGAGGAACAGUUUGGCUAUCCAUUGGAUAACAUUCAUAUUUUAGGAUACAGUCUUGGCGCUCAUGCAGCAGGUGUUGCUGGUAGCUUGACAACUAACAAAGUCAACAGGAUAACAGGUUUGGAUCCAGCUGGUCCCACCUUUGAAUAUGCAGAGACAUCGGUUACUUUAUCUCCUGAUGAUGCAGAGUUUGUAGAUGUUGUACACACCUACAGCGUAGGAACUCCUGACCGCAGCAUUGGUAUUCAAAGGCCAGUCGGACAUAUUGACAUUUAUCCUAAUGGCGGAAGUUUUCAACCAGGAUGCAGCAUUGGAGAUACCAUACGGCUUAUAGCAGAAAAUGGAAUUCGUGGAAUUAUAGACAUGGACCAGAUUGUGAAAUGCUCCCAUGAACGUUCCAUCCACCUCUUCAUUGACUCUUUACUUCAUGAAGAGAAGCCAAGCAUGGCCUACCGCUGCAAUUCAAAGGAAGCUUUUGAUAGAGGACUUUGUCUAAGCUGCCGUAAGAACCGCUGCAAUACUUUGGGCUACAAAGUCAACAAGGUCAGAGGAAAGAGAAGUGUAAAGAUGUACUUGAAAACAAAUGCCCAGAUGCCAUUUAAAGUAUUUCACUAUCAAGUAAAAGUGCACUUCUUUGCAAAGAGGAACUUCACUGUUACCAACCAACCAUUCUUGGUUUCUCUGUAUGGAACAAAGGGAGAAAGUGAAAACCGACCUCUCACUUUAGCAGAAAUGUCCACCAACAAAACCUAUUCCUACUUGAUCUACACUGAACUUGAUGUAGGAGAACUGCUAAUGUUGAAGAUUAGAUGGGAGAAUGAGUCAUAUUUAGGCUGGGCAAACUGGUUCAAAACAUAUGCAUUUGAUGUGCAGAAAAUCAGGAUAAAAUCAGGAGAGCUGCAGAAAAAGCUAAUAUUUUGUCCUCAAAAUGGAGAACGCGCAACUAUCACAAGAGGGAAAGGACCCGUGGUAUUUGUGAGAUGUAAUGAACACUCCAACAUGAAGAAAGGAGACUGAUGUGAAAAUGAAUUUGCACUUUGAACCACAUGUCCAAUGUUACUGAUGCUGUGAAGAACAUUCAAGUGACAUUUGUUACUACUAAAACUCUAUAUGCCCACCUACAAUGAAGUUCAAUCAAAGGGUAUUUCAUAUUGGGCACUUUUGCAUAGACAAGAGUUAACAGUUUCUUCGUAGAACAAUAACAGGAUCAAAGACUGAGCAACAAAAGUCAACUCUAGAUCAUCAACCCAUUGCAGGCUACCUGUGUAUUGUGGAUAUUUAUUUUG